AUGACAUCGAGUUAUUUUGGAGUUUCUGGCAGUGGCGGAGGAAGUGGAGCGACUUCGACAUACAUGAGUGUUGGCGGGGGAAGUUCAGGUGGAUAUAGUAGUGGAGGUUCGAGUGCCCCAGCACCGUCGAGAGGUGGCGGAACUGUUUCUGCGUAUAUGGCACCAUCGGGUGGAGGAGGUGCUAGCGGAGCAACUUCGACUUAUAUGAGUGUUGGCGGAGGUGGCGGAUAUUCAGCUUCAGCUGCACCAUCUGCACCAUCUCAAGGUAUGUGAACAGACAAGGAUCAACAAGUGUUUGAUUAUAUAUUUUGAAUUAUGACUGAAUAUUUCAGAUUACUUUGGUGCACCAAGCUCUGGCGGAAGUUCUGGCGGAAGCUCAGGUGGAGGAGCUACAUCAGCUUAUAUGGCACCAUCAGGUGGAGGUAGCAGUGGGGCCACAUCCACAUACAUGAGCGUUGGUGGAGGAAAUAGCGGAGGGGGAUAUAGCGGUGGAGGAGUUUCAAGUGCCCCAGCACCGUCCAGAGGUGGCGGAACUGUUUCUGCUUAUAUGGCACCAUCGAGUGGAGGUGGUACGAGCGGAGCUACAUCGACUUAUAUGAGCGUUGGUGGAGGAAACGGAGGUGGAUAUUCAGCACCUCCUUCAUCUUCGGGAGGUGGAGGAUACAGUGCCGCACCACAAUCAAGAGGUGGUGGAGUUUCGGCAUAUAUGGCACCAAAUGGCGGAGGAGGUGCUAGUGGAGCGACGUCGGCUUAUAUGAGUGUUGGUGGAGGAAGCAGCGGUGGAUAUUCAGCACCUCCUGCAUCUUCUGGACCAUCUCAAGGUUUGUUAAAAAUAUAAAAAAUGCAGGAAGAUGUUCAUGCAUACACAAGACAUAAGUUACUGAAAUAGUCAAAGUUCAUCCCCCUUCUCUACAUUUUUGAACUAGUUUGGCUAAAAUCUAGAAAUUUUUGUAGCUCAAUACUGAAAACAUUCGAUUUAGGCCCUCAACAGAUUAUGGGGGCAAAAACUCAUCACCCCGAUUGUGGGGUUUAUGAAUAAAAUAUUCUUAAUUAAAUUGCUCAGAUUACUUUGGUGCUCCAAGUUCUGGCGGAAGCUCAGGUGGAGGAGCUACAUCAGCUUAUAUGGCACCAUCAGGUGGAGGUGCGAGUGGAGCUACGUCGACCUAUAUGAGUGUUGGAGGAGGAAGUGGUGCUGGGCAUUCUGCCCCAACCAAAUCUAACAAUGGUGAGACCCUGACUCUAAAAAUAUCAAAGAAAUAUUCUUGAUGUUUUACAGAUUACUUUGGUGCACCAAGCAGUGGAGGAGGAACUCGUUCAGCCUAUAUAAGUGUUGGUGGUGGAUCUGGCGGACAUGGCGGAGGAAAUCAAUCAAUGUAUAUGGGGCCAAGAUAA